UCAAUUACGGGUUUACGCUUACUUCAUGUAUUGUAAAUAUAACCUCAUCUUUUAAGGAAAAAAUUGACUGAAAUCUAAUUUACUACUUAUUAUAAACGUAAAGUAUUACUGUAUUUAUUAUAUUAUAAUAUGGUAGUACAUUUAACAUUAUUGGUGUCGUGAAAUGCCCCGCAACGCUAAUGAUCGAAGCUGUCGCUGUAUCGCCCAGCAGCCAUUGCCUUGCCGCAGUCGCGGAGCAGUCGCCGAAGCGCCGAGCAGUCGCCAGCCGCAGUCCAGAUGUCGCGCCCGUCGCCCGAGGACCGCUGGUACUUCACGAAGGAGCAGCUCAACAACACUCCCAGCAUUCGGCUCGGCUACUCGCCCGACAAGGAGCUCUCCAGCCGUCAGCAGGCCGCCAACUUCAUACAGGAUAUGGGACAGCGCUUGCAGGUGACUCAGCUGUGCAUAAAUACAGCGAUUGUGUACAUGCACCGGUUCUAUAUGUUCCACUCGUUUACACACUUUCAUCGCUCGUCUGUGUCAGCGGCUGCCUUAUUUCUUGCAGCUAAGGUGGAAGAACAGCCGCGCAAACUGGAGUACGUGAUCAAGGUGGCGCACAUGUGCCUACACCGCGACCAGCACCAGCACCUCGACACCAAAUCGGAGCAAUACCUGGAGCUGGCUCAGGACCUGGUGGUCAACGAGAACGUGCUGCUGCAGACGCUCGGCUUCGACGUGGCCAUCGACCACCCGCACACCCACGUCGUGCAGUGUUGUCGGCUCGUCAAGGCCAGCAAGGACCUGGCACAGACCUCCUACUUCAUGGCAUCCAACAGUCUCCACCUCACCACCAUGUGUCUCCAGUACAAGCCCACGCUCGUCGCCUGUUUCUGCAUACAUCUCGCUGUCAGGUGGUCGAACUGGGAGAUCCCCGAGAGCAACGAGGGCCGUCCCUGGUUCUACUACGUGGACUCGUCGGUGACGCAAGAGGCGCUCGAGCGACUCACCGGUGAAUUCCUGCUCAUCUUCGACAAGUGUCCCUCGAGGCUCAAGCGCAAGAUACGAGCCAUGUCCAACCAGAACCAGAACCCCAUUCCGCAGCACAGCUACGGCGCACCCAGCUCACAGGAGAUCGAGAAGAAGCACACGACCAAGUUGGAUGCCCAAGCCCAGCAGCCGAGCACCUCUGGUUUCAGCCAACAGAUGCAGCGCAGCAUGCAUGGCUCGUCACAAGGGACGUCUGCUCCGGACGCCACCGACAAGAAUGCAGCAGCCAUGCAGCACUCGGCCAUGAUGCGUCACUACAAGAAGCCGCCCGGAGGCGGCUCCUCAGUGCCCCAUGCGCAUGCGCACCACUCGUCACGUGGCAGCAGCCAUCAUCCUCCGACAGGAGGGGCGGGGGCGCCGCCAAAGAAGAGCAACACCUUCCCGCCUCCGAUUCGGAUCGGCGACUACCCGGCGGCCACCACCUCAGCAACAACUACCUCAUCAUCCAGACCUGGCAAGCCUGAGUCGGCCACGCACUACAAGCAGCCGGGCAGCCACCCCCACUCCUCCUCAUCCAACCAUCAUCAUGGUCACCACAAUCGACACCACAACCCCACCUCCUCCUCAUCCUCCUCCCACCAUCACCACCACUCCUCCUCCUACUCUUCGCACCACUCACAAUACCCCCCACCUCCCCACUCCUCCUCUGCUCCCCCCACUACGACCGUUGGCAGCAGUACUUACAACAAGCAAAAGCAACCCUUCGAAGUGCCUCCUAGACAUAGUAGUAAUAGUAGCGUUGAACUUGCCUCUAGUUACAAUGCCACCACGCCAAUCAAACAAGAACUGCUGGCCGCAUUUGAACAAAAUCAUAAAUACGACACUGUCGACACGACUCUGAUCAAGCAAGAGCCGCCGCCGCCGCCCCAUUACAACAACCGCUACGACAGCAGCAGUCACGCCCCUGUCGUCAAACAGGAGCCACGAUUCGACAACAACUGCUCCUACAACAGUUCAAUGCCUGCCAAUGUUGUAGUCAAGCAAGAGCCCAACAUCAGACCUGGUGCUAUUGAACACCAAAGCAAAGUUGACUUUUCUACGUUAGGACAAUUAGUGAAACAAGAGAACAAUGACCAUAAUCACCGCAUGCUGAAUGCCAGUGGCAGCGAUGGCCAUGACGCGAGGACAUUGCCGCCACCCACCACAUUCAAGCAGACCUCGCAAUUCGCCCCCAAUGACCAACGAUCAAUAUUCGACAGCAACAGCAAUAACCACCAUCAUCAUCAGAACGACAUUGACUUCAAACCGAAUCCCAAUCUGUUGGCACCAGUUGCCUCCUCUCAACAUCGCAAAGAAACUCCGUCCGAUAGUGUGAAUGUGUUUGGUGUAAACAAAGCCUCACACAAGCCCUACUCACAGCAGCCAACCACCACCGCAUCUACAACCGUUCCUAACUCAUCAUCAUCAUCUUCAUCCACCAAUAGCAACCACAAGACCGUCAAAGCGCCCUCGAUAUUCUCGCCGACACCCAAACAGCCCAGUCCCACGCCUAUUCCAGUCACAACAAUCACUGCCACUGCAAAUGUCCAGUCAUCGAUAUUCUCGCCUCCCAAGCAGACUCCUGUCGUUUCCAACAGUGGAAAGUUCAAGCGAAAAAGAACUGAUAGCUCAAAUAAUGACCUGGAUGACAGUGUAUUGCAAGCACCAAAGCGUCAGCAAGAAUCAGUAGCUGAACCGAUUGUCAGGAUUGAGGAUAUCUUUCGACUUGACAGUGGACACGUCAAGGAGGAAAAGAACAAUAUUUCUAGGAAUAGUGCAGAAGUGUUGAAUGUGUCUCACGACAAAGCAGUGGUGACAACGGCGCCCGUCACAGUGAUUCCGUCAACCACGGUCACCACCGCCAGUAGUUUGGACGCGGUCGACGUCGGAGCCACCAUAGAAAUAACCCAAGUCCUGCACAAAAAGCAUAAAGAAGGCCGCGAGCACAAAAAGAAGAAGAAACACAAAGAACACAAGGAGCAUAAGGACCGUGACAAGUCGCACAAGCAUAAGGAGAAGCAUAAAAGCAAAGACAAGAACAGGGAUCGGGAGGCGGCUAGCUCUUCGAAUGCGAUAGCACCGGUGGCGGCGACGCCGGUGGAUGCGGGGGGUGGUGGAGACUCGGGUCUCAAGAUCAAGAUCCCCAAGGAGAAGGUGAAGCUGGUGCAGGCUCUGCCUGGAUUCAAGUUCCGCAUCAGCAAGGAGGUGUUGCAGGGUGCUCAUCCUCCCAGCAACAACGGCAGUGCUGGCGUCGGCGAUCCGGCCCACUGACUAAUGCAGACAUGCUAUGAUGAAGGCUGUGUAGUGAUUCACUUCUCUCUGUCUGGCCCCACGUUGUCUGAUGAUCGUCACCUAUGUUGCUCGUUGGCAGCAGUGCUACAAUCCAUCACCGUUGUCUGCCUGCACUCCUGAUGUCUGAUGUCAUCGUAACAGCGCGCCUCAGAGAACAUCAUCGAUUAGUUUUGUGUUUUCAAUAUGCUCGUUUUUUAUAUUGAACUUCGAAAGAAGAGAGUCAGUCAUUUGAACUCUUAUCGAUAAAUCAUCAUUUUUCUGUUAAUUUUAUUGUAAUAAAAUCGGAUUUGUUUAGUAUAAUCGAAAAUUUUAGUUUAAUUUAUCAUCGUUGUCUCUCUCCAGAAAGUCAUAUUUUAUACUUGAUUAAUUAUUUAUUGCAAUAUUAAGGCAGCAGUCCAAAAUGAUCGAAUUGUUGAUGUUUUCUUGAAUAGUUCAACAUAAAUUUCUUAACGCUUUCACUUAGAAAACAAUCUACUCUACAAUUCUAUCAUUUUUCCUGAUGCAAAUGAAAUAAAACGUAAACAAUUGUACUCGCUAUCAAAACUUGCAUGCUGCAUAAUAUUUAGUAAAAUUGAAAAGUUACAUGAUAAAGGGACAAAUUAUCAAUCUUCGAAAUUAUCAAUAAUUAUCUAGUGAAUAGUUUAUUUCUCGGUUUCAUUUCAUUUUUAGAUUAAAUUAUUUAAGGCAAAUUCAUAAAUUAUUUGUAAGACGAUUUUUUAAGCAGUUACUCUGUUUUUAGUUGUUGAAAAAUAUUGUUGGUGAAUAAAAAUUGAAAACUCUA